UCGAUUUGCGCAUCUCAGACGCGAUUUGCUUUUGAAUUAAAUUGUUCUGUUGUGUGUUGUGUUGUUUUACUCGCCAUGGACUCCCUGAAGGAAACUUUGGACAAGCCGGACUUCGACUGGGACGCCAUCAACGUGGGCGACUACCAGUUGGAUCACUCGCAGAACUUUUUCGCAGCGGCCAACAAGGAGAACAACAGGCGCCUCAGCAAUGUCAAUGCCACCUACCUCCUCGCCUGUCCCACGCCCCAGAAGAUCAGCACCAAGGAGGAACUCAAAACGGAGCCCCAGGAGCUGAAGCCCGAGAUCCUUUCCACUCCACAGAAGAGUAUCGAAACAGAGGAGCCUCCUAGAGAUGCCCAGGAUCUCGUCCAGGAGCAGCAAGAUCCCCCUGAGGAUCACGAAAUUAAACUCAAAUCGGAGCCACAGGAGCUGAAGCCCGAAAUGCCAGUUGAUCAGGCUGAAGAACACAUAGUUCCCCUCAUCUGGAACGAGGACGCUGACGAGGAGGAGGAGCACCUGACGGAGGCCGACCAGCACCUGGUCCACCAGGCAGCCCAUCCGCCUGGGGUCGCCGCCAAGCUGCGUCUGCAGUGGACUCCCAUGGCCCACCAUCACAGGGAGCAUGCAGGAGCAGCAGGAGGAGGAGCAGCAGGCGCCUCUGCCGCCCUGGCCACGCCCAAGGCCUACCAAUUCAAGGCCCUGUACGAGGGAAAGCGGCAGGAGGCGAUGCGCAGGCGCUCCGAGGAGGACAAGAAGGCGCGCCAGUUCCACAGCCGACCCAUGCCCAACUUCAGGGCGAUGCACAGGCGCAUGGACGAGCUGGUGGUCACGCACAGGAUCACCGUGCCCGUGACGCCCGAGGCAGUGAAGCCCUGGCACGGCCGGGUGCAUAAGGAUCAGAACCACCAGCAGCAGGAGCGCCAGGGACAGCGUCCUGGAGCUGCAGGAGCCACCCGCUUCGCGCCCUUCCAUCUCCGCAGCGAGCAGCGCGUGCGCGACCGCCGAGAGUUCGACGCCGCCGUGCAGGUGGGCCAGGAUCAGAAGAAGAAGGAGCAAGACGAACAACGGAAGCGAUGCGAGCAGGAGGAGAUCAAGGAGAUACGCAAGAUGACCCUUUUCAAGGCGCGUCCCAAUCCAUUUAAAUAGUGCUCGAGGGAGAACCAGGCGACGACUACCAAAAACAUUUGAUUCUGUCCAAAUUUCGAAUGAUGUAAAGUCGCCGCUCUGCAACAUUAACGUGUCCACACACAUAGUUUUACCACAUUAACACUAUUUUUGUCUCUAACAUUCAUUUUACGCCUAUUUCGUUUCCUUUUCUGGCGGAUGGACCACUGAAGAAACCACUAAAAUCGUAUGUUUGGCGUUUGGCGGGAGGAUUUAACUAUAUGGAUAUGUAUACAAUAUAAGCAAUUUGCAAUUGCGAUCAUUAACUGUUUUCUAUAUGUACAAAGCCGAAAAAAACAAUAAAUUAAUACUGUAAAUUGAACAAAA